GAACCUUUGGUGGAGGAAUUGACAAAAGCUCUGAUCCGAAGGAUAAAAUUAAUUGCCGCAACUUCUACCUUCAACAAAAAAAGAACGGCUAACAGCAAUCCGUAAACCUAUUCACUGGAAUACGGACCGGCAGCGAAAACACACAGGAAGUGUGUACGUCGUCGUCCGGGGUUGAUAUAUGCAAAGGCGUCGUACACUUUCUUUACGCCGAUUCUAAAGAACAACAACAACAACGACGCAUACAAUCGUGCAUCACUAUAAAUACCCUACUGAUUCGGCUUCACCCUCAAAAAUGAGUGCAACUUCAUCCCCCAAACAUUCACCAGCAAUGUUAUUGGCAUCUUCACAUUACGGACAUGGUCAUAGCCAUAACAUCAAAACACCCAAACAUGGCAGUCCACGUAUGGUCACGAUGGGAUUGUCUGGCGGUGCAACAACGAUGCCAUCUUCUUCCUCCAGUUUGAUAAUCGAUAAUCAGGGACAGGCGCAUGAUCCAGGGUAUUUGGAUGCACUACGUCAACUUCAUGCAAAGAUCGGAGAGGAUGCGAUGGGUAAUGGCAGAGGAAAGAGAAGGCAAUCAUCUACACAUGCACCUAUCAGACCAUCAGCAUUAGGGCUAGGUUUGUCAUCCAAUAUGGCCAAUAUGGAUCUGAGCACAGAUUCAAGCGACGAUGACGACGAUGAUGAAGAAGACUUGGAUUCGUAUGCAUCCUUGUUUGAAGAGGCAAGAAAGAAGGAUGCAGAGAUACAGAGGCGUAAUUCGAUGGCUGCUUAUUCAGCUGCUCAAUCAGCAUACAAUUCACCUACCCUUCGACCUAUCAAUCACAACGGCACUUCACCUCUGUCCACACCAGCAUUCUCGGGGAGUGGACACAUUUCUCCACGCAGAGGCAGUCAAACAGGAACGAGUUCUUCACCGCAAUUCUUGCAGAACAGUCAUUUGAACUCUUCAUCUACCGGACACACACCUCCUUCUGCAAAUACGAUUUCUGGUCUUGGCGGUGGUGGUGGCGGAGGCAGAAAAGGAAGUAUCUCAAACGGCGUGAAUUCCUUAGGUGUAAGUCUGCGCUCGAAAAGUCCUUCUCUACGAAAGAAGUUGAGCAAUGUUACCACGCCAAGGAAAGCAUCUUCACGUAGUAGACCAUCCAGUUCCAGUUCGGCCCAUCAACCGUUUGGCAGUGGAUCUAUUCAUGGAACACCGUCUACCCUGGAUACACUCAAUGCAGGCGUGCUUGAACGGCCUCGUGAGUACAUCACUGCUGAUAAUGAUCGAAGUGGGCUGAGCACGAUCGAGAGUGGAAGACCGUUAGGGAUGGAUGAGCUGCACAAGCCUGCUUCCAGUCACGAUUCACGAUCAGAGUCAGGCAGUCAUACGUCAGCACGUAAGACUUCCGUUGCCCAAUCUUUGCCUGGUUCACGUACGAGUAUGAGUUCACUUACCCGAGACAAAUUGGAAGCCGAAUUUCUGCAACAACAAGAAGAAGCGGAUUUCUUGGUAGGUCCAUCACACCUAAAAGAAGGUUUGGAUACCAUUCGAAAGAAAGGACAUGAACUUGGCGACUUAGGCACGCAAACACAUGAUUUUCGUAGAAAGAUGGACAUCUUUACUAUGGGUUUGCGAUUUAACGCAUUCAAAGCUAAACGUAAACUUGAACGUGGUUUCAAACAUCAUGAGACAUGAACAAUUGUAUAUAUAACACAGCCGCUGCCACCGCCGCCGCCGCCGUCGUCUUUCACAUUUUGUAUCAAUAGCAAAUAGCACAUUGGUUUGUUCUUUCUUGUCCAGUUUGUCUCUGUUGACUCUUGUCACCAUGCCUGCUUUGAUAGAUUCUGAGGUUUGGUCAGCUGUCCAUAUAGCACAUUGAUCUGAAUCUUUUGUCCAGUUUCUCUCAGUUGACUCUCGUCACCUUGCCUGCUUUGACAAACCUAAGGGUCGCUCAGGUGUCUAUAUAGCACGUUGUCUUAAAUCUUUUGUACAGUCCUUUUCAGUUGACUCUCAUCACCGUAUCUACAUUGGUAGUUUCUAAUGGUCGGCCAGGUAUCUAUAUAGCACGUUGUGUUAAAUCUUUUGUCUGAUUUCUCUCAAUUGACUCUCGU